AGAGUAGGGCAGAUUAUUUUUGGUCAACCGCAGAGCACACAUUAACCCGUAGUUCGCGCCGUAGUGGAUGCUGAUAACGCAAGGCCUACUAUCAGCGCCCGCUGCGAAAGCCACGCAACAUUAACGAGCAGGUUUGAUGCGUUGGAGCAUCAUCAACAUCUGUGCGUACGUGCGUCUAGACUGAAGCGCAGCGAUCGAAACAAUUCAGAUAAAAAGGCUGCCCUUAGCAGGCGGCGUUUGAACGCGAACAGAUACGCAGGGUGCUAGAGAGGUGGAGGCCAGAUGAUGAGCGAAAUCAACAAAACGACGUCCGCUGGAGCCGGUUCAAGUGUUUCAGUAACGAUUCAACCGAUGGACGGUGCAGAACAACGCGGAUCGACAAUCGAAGCAUACCAGAUGGCGGCUCCUACGACGGCCAACGAUAGCGCUCCAGUGACGGUAACGGUCGAUAGUUUCGGCACAGUGGCGCACCCGAAAACGGGCUCCACCGAGACGGUGAAACGGUUCACUUGGCGAAACCGGGCCGGAGUAACGGUGCAAGCCAUCACGUACGGUGCCAUCAUCACCUCGAUACAGGUGCCCGAUCGUAAGGGGCGGUUCGAUGAUGUGGUGCUCGGAUUCGAUGACAUUCCCGGUUACCAGACACCGAACAAUCCGUACUUUGGGGCUACCAUCGGACGCAUCGCUAACCGGGUCGGCGGUGGACGCUUCACCCUGAAUGGCCAGGAGUACCAAGUGACGCGAAAUUUCGAAAGCCGCCACCAACUGCAUGGCGGUGCGGUCGGUUUCGAUAAGUACAACUGGGAAUCGCACGUCGAGGGACCGGUCGUUACGCUCACCCAUAUGUCCCCGGAUGGAGACGAAGGCUAUCCGGGUGCCGUGAUUGUUAGCGUGCGCUACGAGCUCAAGGAAGACAAUCGAUUUGUGGCCGUGUUCCGGGCAGUUUCAACCAAACCGACACCCAUCAAUCUGACCAACCAUUCGUACUUCAAUCUGGCCGGACACGGUACUGGCCACGAGGAGAUCUAUCGGCACGUGGUGAGUGUGAAUGCGGACCGGAUUACCGAUACUGAUGCGGAUUCGAUACCAAGCGGCAAGUUCAUCUUUGUCGGUGGCACUCCGCACGAUUUACGUAUUCCACGCGAGCUUGGACCGGCCAUGUCGAAGACUCCGAACGAAGGCUACGAUGAAAAUUUUUGCAUUGCGAAGGGCACGCAACAGGGACUCACGUUUGUUUCGCGCACCGUCCAUCCCCACAGUGGUCGCGUGAUGGAGGUGUAUAGCGAUCAGCCCGGGGUGCAACUUUACACGAGCAACUUUAUGCCGGAUCCCAACAAAAAUAUACGACCACGAUCGGAAAAUGCGGCAGAUUUCUACGACGUAACGCGUCUGGAGCCGGUCGUCCGGGAAGGUGAAACCGUUCAACCGAUACGGGGAAAGGCGGGAGCUAAGUACUUCAAACAUGGGGCCUUCUGCUUCGAAACGCAAAACUAUCCCGACGCCAUCAAUCACGCCAACUUCCCGUCGUCCGUGCUGAAUCCUGGGGAACAGUACGUGCAUGAGGUGCACUACAAGUUCGAUGUGCUGCGCGAUUAAUGCUACGAGCGUCUAUGGAACGUUCUUGUUCGUUGAAGUGGAAUUUAUUUGCAAAAAAUAAUACUUAUUAUACCGGGAAAAUUUGGUAGAGAGCGAUGUUUUCAACCGUUUAUGUCAUUUGUUUAAAGUUGGUUUAUCUCACGGCUUGGUAGUGGUCCUGCUCUAGUUAGUGCUACCCAAACGGCCUGAUGGAUUCCAUCAGGCUUUUCUAUGUCUCCCCUAUUCAUUGAAUUUAUCUGCGGC